AUGAAAGGAAAUCAGUCGAGGGUGACUGAAUUUGUUCUUCUUGUAUUAACAGAUGAUCCCGAGGUUCAGACUGUCCUCUUUGUGGUAUUCCUAAUGAUCUACUCUUUUAGUCUGUUGGGGAAUUUAACCAUCACACCGCUAAUGAAGAUCAACUCUCAGCUCCACACACCAAUGUACUUAUUUCUUAGUCAUUUAUCUCUCUCUGACACAGGCUUUUCCUAUUCGGUGACACCCAAGAUGCUGGUAAAUCUCUUGGCUGAGAAGAAAACCAUUUCUUUACCAGUCUAUGCAGCACAACUCUUCACUGGGGCUACUUUUGGAGGCUCAGAGUGUUUCCUGCUGGCAGUAAUGGUGUAUGAUCGGUAUGCUGCGAUCUGCAAACCACUGAUCUAUAUGGCCAUCAUGUCCGAAAACAAACGCGUGGGCUUGCUUUCUUGUUCUGACACCCAUCUAGCUAAGAUCUUCCCAUCGAUCUCUUCAGGGGCCAUGGUGACCAUCAGAACUGUGAUUAUAGUCAUCUAUUAUCUCUACCUCUGCCGUUUUGAGAAUCCACACCACGGAGGGAAGAUACAAAUCCUUUUAACCGGCUCCUCUCAUCUUUUGACCAUAAUGCCGUACUUUGGGACUGUCACAUUUAGCUAUGUCAGUCCCAGUUCCAACUACUCGAUGGAUCAGAACAAAGUGGUGUCCGUGUUCUACGUGGUGGUGAUCCCCAUGUUGAACCUUCUGAUUUAUAGCCUGAGGAACAAGGAAAUUAUGGAUACUCUCAGAAGAAUGGUUGCUAAGGGAAGUCUUUCCUGA